AUGGCGAACCCGGCACAUUUGGCUGAGUUCCAGGAGUGUUUGAAAUCUUCCAGGCGCAUCAUUGCUCUCGUGGGCGCUGGUCUUCUGGCAUCCAGUGGUCUUCCGACAUUUCGAGGCAGCCAGGGGCUCUGGAAGAAUUUUAAUCUGAUUGAUUUGGCCACUCCUGAUGCGUUCUAUAUUGACCCUGGUCUCGUAUGGCAGUUUUAUCUGUGGAGAAGGCACCAAGCACUCCAAGCACAGCCUAAUGCGGGGCAUUUGGCACUAGCAAAUCUCUCUAAAGACCCCAGCAAAGAAUUUGUGACCAUCACACAAAAUGUUGACGGAUUGUCGGGUCGUGCAGGCCACGAACGGGAGAAUCUCUUCGAAAUACACGGCUCGCUAUUUGACCUCCGAUGCACUAGUUUCACAUGCACAUAUGUUGAACGAGGAAACGAGGAAGACCCCCUUACGCCUGCGCUUGAUACUUUUGAUGAAUACGAGAGUCCGCCAGCGCGGAAAAGCGACCAAGUUGGCGGACCAAGUAAGGACCUGACAAACGUUCCCGGGAAAUCACCUCAGUUCACGCCCACAAAGGAAUUGGCAGUGAGUGAGCUUCCAUUGUGCCCUGCGUGCAAAUCUCUUAUGAGGCCUGGGGUCGUCUGGUUUGGCGAGCUGCUUCCACUACGAGUGCUAGGCGCAAUUGACGACUUUUUGGAAACCGGGCCUGUGGACUUGAUCUUGGUCAUUGGCACGUCGGGCACAGUGUACCCAGCCAAUGGAUACGUGGAUUUGGUACGGUCACGUGGUGGGGCUGUGGCAGUAUUCAACACGGACAUUGAGCCCGAGGUUUUGAAAGGCAAUGUGGCCCGCACAUGGGGCUUUGAAGGCGAUGCAGCGGAAUGGUUGCCGCGUGCUUUAGCGUGUCUAAAUGAGUAG